CCUCAAUUCCCGAAGAAAAGUUCCUAGAACUGUUGUCCUGCAGACGCUUUACCACAGACUUUGAAUUCCUACACCGAGUACCUGCAGGUCCGUGGGAAGCUAACAUGUAGAGUUUUGAGCAGGAGAAUCUGGACCAAACAUUGCCUGUUGACUCAUGAGUCUGCUGUUCUCUCAGCUAUACCUCCAGAAUGUUCUUCUAAGAGAAAUACAAAAUGAACCAAUUUCUGCCCCCACAUAUAGAAGCAGAAUUUCCAUUUUCCAAGUGCUGGUGAACUGAGAAGAAAUAUGGCAUUCCAGGAAUCAGUGUCAUUUGAAGAUGUGGCUGUGGACUUUACCUGGAAGGAAUGGCAAAAUCUGGACAAUGCUCAGAGGACUCUGUACAGGGAGGUGAUGCUGGAGACCUAUAGCAGCCUGGUGUCCUUGGGGCAAUGCAUCACCAAACCUGAGCUGAUCUUCAAACUGGAGCAAGGAGCAGAGCCAUGGAUGAGAAAAGAACCCCCAAGCCAGAGCCCACCAGAUGUCCAGAAGGGAGAUGUCAUAAUUGAGACCAGUGAGGAAAGUCAAGACAGACAUUUGUUGCAAGCUGGAAUCACUAUGAACAACACACCACCUAUGGAGAGAGUUAUAUUAAGACAUGCUGUUCAUUUGACUUCCAGCCAUAUUUCAAAUCUGAUUGUAAAGAAUGCAGGGUCUUUAGGAGUGAAGCCCAAGCAGUUGAAUGUAUGCGAGAACAGGCAUUGCCCUAGUAAGCCUGAUGGGAUAUAUGUUGGUGAGAAACCCUAUCAGUGUAAUCAGUCUGGAAAAUGCUUUGUAAAGGAGUCACACCUCACCCAGCAUCAGAUAAUUCACACUGUGAAGAAGCCCUAUCAGUGUAAUCAAUGUGGAAAAACCUUUCGCCAAAAGUCAAGACUCACCAGUCAUGAGAUGAGUCACACUGGGGAGAACCCAUACACGUGCAGUCAGUGUGGUAAAACCUUUGCCAGGAAGUCCUACCUCAUCACACAUGAGAUGAUUCACACUGGAGAGAAGCCCUAUAAGUGCAGUCACUGUCAUAAAACCUUUGUCUCAAAGUUACAACUCACUAGGCAUGAGAUGAGUCAUACCGGGGAGAAGCCCUAUCAGUGUAGUCAAUGUGGAAAGUCUUUUCACCUGAAGUCAAUCCUCAUUGGACAUGAGAGAAUUCACACUGGGAAAAGGCCCUAUCAAUGUAAUCAGUGUGGAAAAACCUUUAGCCGGAAAUCAAACCUCACUAAGCAUGAGAUGAUUCACACUGGAGAGAAGCCCUAUAAUUGUAGUCAGUGUCAUAAAACCUUUGUCUCAAAGUCACAACUCACUAGGCAUAAGAUUAUUCACAGUGGAGAGAAGCCCUAUCAGUGUAGUCAGUGUGGAAAAUCCUUUCACUUGAAGUAUAUCCUUCAUGUACAUGAGAUAAUUCACACUGGGGAAAAGCCCUAUCAGUGUAAUCAGUGUGGAAAAACCUUUGGCCGGAAAUCAAACCUCACUAAGCAUGAGAUAAUUCACACUGGGGAGAAGCCCUAUCAGUGUAAUCAGUGUGGAAAAACCUUUGGCCAGAAGUCAAGACUCACUGUGCAUGAGAUAAGUCACACUAGGGAGAACCCAUACAAGUGCAGUCAGUGUGGUAAAACCUGUUUGGGGAAGUCAAGCCUCACCACACAUGAGAAAAUUCACAUUGGGGAGAAGCCAUAUAAGUGUUGUCAUCGGUGUGGAAAAGCCUUUCACCUGAAGUCAAUCCUCAAUGGACAUGAGAUAAUUCACACUGGGGAAAUGCCCUAUCAAUGCAAUGAGUGUGGAAAAACCUUUACCUAGAAAUCACAUCUCACUGAGCAUGAGAUUAUUCACACUGGGGAGAAGCCCUGUCAGUGCAAUCAGUGUGGAAAAACCUUUACCCAGAAGUCACGCCUCAGCAAUCAUGAGACCACUCACAAGAGAGGAAAGCCCUAUCAGUGUAAUCAAUGUGGAAAAUCCUUUGGGUGGAAGUCAGAGCUCACCAAGCAUGAGAUAAUUCACACUAGGGAGAAGCCCUAUCAGUGUGAUCACUGUGGAAAAACCUUUGUCCAGAAAUCACAAUUCACCAAGCAUGAGAGAAUUCACACUGAAGAAAAGCACUAUCAGUGUAGUCAGUGUGGAAAAUCCUUUAACCAGAAGUCAACCCUCAAUAGACAUGAGAUAAUUCACACAGGGGACCCAUAUCAUUGUAAUCAGUGUGGAAAAACCUUUGGCUGGAAGUCAUACCUCUCCAUGCAUGAGAAAAUUCACACUGGGAAGAAGCCCUAUCAGUGUAAUACAUGUGGAAAAACCUUUGAAUGGAAAUCACACCUCACUAUUCAUGAUGUAAUUCACACUGGGGUGAAGCCCUACAAGUGUAACAAAUGUGGAAAAACCUUUUGCCAGAAGUCAGAACUCAUGCAGCAUGGGAGAAUUCACAUUAGGAAGAAGCACUAUUCAUGUAAUCAAUGUCAAAAAACCUUUGGUUUGAAGUCAUACCUAAUGAAACAUGAGAGAAUUCACACUGGGGAGAAGCCCUAUCAGUGUAAUCAAUGUGAAAAAACCUUUGGCCAUAUGCCACACCUAAAUAGGCAUACUGACAAGAGAGGAGACUUUUGA